GCCGCCCGCCGCCGGCCAGAGCCGCCCCGGUCGCCGCGGACUCCACAUUCCAACGUCGCUGUGCUGCCGGUCGAAGAACCAGUGCCGUGACUGAGUGACCGUCUUCCACCCGUGCGACAUUAAAUAAACUACCACCAUGUCUGACGAAGAAGAAUACUCUGGCUCCGAGGAGGAGGAAGUAGAAGAAGAAGUCCAAGAGACACCCGCUCCUAAACCAGAGAGUAGACCAUCGAUCGCGGGUGAGGGAGACCCAGAAUUCAUCAAGCGUCAAGACCAGAAGCGGUCGGACUUGGAUGAGCAGUUGAAGGAAUACAUCAACGAAUGGCGCAAACAGCGGGCUAAGGAGGAAGAUGAGCUCAAACGCCUCAAGGAGAAGCAGGCCAAGCGCAAGGUUUCUCGCGCUGAAGAAGAGAAGCGCCUCGCCCAGAAGAAGAAGGAGGAGGAAGAAAGGAGAGUUCGCGAAGUUGAAGAGAAGAAACAACGCGACAUCGAAGAGAAGAGGCAGCGACUCGAGGAGGCCGAGAAGAAGCGCCAGGCUAUGCUCCAGGCCAUGAAAGAAUCCAGCAAGACCGGACCCAACUUCACCAUCCAAAAGAAGAGCGAUAACUUCGGCCUUAGCAACGCUCAAUUGGAACGCAACAAGACCAAGGAGCAGCUUGAAGAGGAGAAGAAGAUCUCGCUGUCCAUCCGCAUCAAGCCCUUGAACAUCGAGAACCUCUCCGUUGAGAAGCUCAGACAGAAGGCCACAGAACUCUGGGAGUGCAUCAUCAAACUCGAGACCGAGAAAUACGAUCUCGAGGAGAGGCAAAAGAGGCAGGACUAUGACUUAAAAGAGCUCAAAGAAAGACAGAAGCAACAGUUGAGACACAAGGCCCUCAAAAAGGGUCUCGACCCUGAGGCACUCACAGGCAAGCACCCGCCCAAAAUCCAAGUAGCGUCCAAGUACGAGCGACGUGUCGACACAAGGUCUUACGACGACAAAAAGAAGUUGUUCGAGGGUGGUUUGGAUACUCAAUUGGCAGAGUUUAUGGAUAAAAUAUGGAACGAGAAGAUGGCAGAGUUUAUGAACCGCACCAAAACGAGGCUGCCCAAGUGGUUCGGUGAGAGGCCCGGCAAGAAGAAGGGCGACACCGACUCCCCCGAAGGCGAGGAGGACGUUAAGGCCGAAGUUGAAGAGGACGAUGAGCCUCAGUACGAGCCUGAACCCGAAGAGGAGGAAGAGGUCGUAGAGGAGGAGGAAGAGGAAGAGGAGGAGGAAGAAGAAGAGGAGGAAGAAGAAGAAGAGGAGGAGGAAUAAACGCACGCAGAAGAAUUGAACAGGGAAGCUAGACCGCCGACACUCACGGGUCGGACUGUACUGUUUUGUAACCAAUCCAUUAACUUAUUACUAUUAUAAAUUAUUUUUAUUAUUUAUACUGUUGAAUCAUUCGUUACGGAACAUGGACACUUUUUGCACUUAGAACGUCAUCAACAUCUAUGACGUAACAAUAAACUAAUUUAUUUCAUAAGGC